AUCUUUAUGGGAAAAUGUCCAAAUUAAAGUGGAAAUGGCAAAGCAAAAAUCAAGGAUGACAUGGAUGAAAGAAGGGGAUGCAAAUACUAAAUUCUUUCACCGAUGUAUUAAGGGUAGAUGGAGAAGGAAUGAGAUUAAUUCCUUAACAGUCGGUGGGAAGGUUUUGCAAGAAGUAAAAGAGUUAAAAGACGGAGUCACCGAUCACUUCAUGAAUCUUUUUGCAGAGGAUGGUUGGAAGCGGCCAGUCUUAGACGGAGUGGGAUUUAAGAAACUUUCAGAAAACGAUAAGGAUCUCCUAACAGAACCAUUUCUGGAAUCAGAAGUCAAAGAGGCAGUCUGGAAUUGCGAUAGUACAAAGGCUCCAGGACCGGAUGGUUUUAGUUUUGGUUUCUUGAAAGCAGAAUGGGAAGUGAUCAAAGGGGACAUUCUAAAAUUUUUAGCAGAUUUUCAUAGCAACAGCAGGUUGGUGAGGGGCUCAAACUCGUCAUUUCUGGUCCUGAUUCCAAAGAAGGAGAACCCUCAAGGAAUUGACGAGUAUAGACCGAUUUCCUUGAUAGGGUGUAUGUACAAAAUUCUUGCUAAAAUAUUAGCCAACAGAUUGAGUAAGGUCAUGAAUGGGCUCAUAGGUGAGCAACAAUCAGCAUUCAUCGGAGGGAGACAACUUGCUGACGGCGCAGUCAUUGCAAAUGAAGCGAUUGACGAGAUUAAAAGGAAAAAAAUGAGAUGUUUCCUCUUUAAGGCCGACUUUGAGAAGGCAUACGACAACAUCAAUUGGGAGUUCCUGGACUACAUGCUGGAAAGGAUGAAUUUCGGGUCGGUUUGGAGGGGAUGGAUUCCAGAAUGCCUACGAACAAACUCAGUAUCAGUAUUACUCAAUGGUAGCCCUACAAAGGAGUUCGUUAUGCAAAGAGGUCUAAGGCAAGGGGAUCCAUUAGCACCCUUCUUGUUUCUUAUAGUAGCGGAAGGUCUUAAUGGCAUCAUAUCGACGGCUGUUGCGAAAAAUCUAUUCGAAGGAGUCCCAAUGGGAGAAGGGAGUAUGAAUAUUUCUCAUUUACAAUUCGCGGAUGACACACUGUUAUUAGGGGUAGCAACAGAAGAAAAUAUAUGGACCUCAAAAUGCAUCAUGAGGGCUUUUGAGCUCGUCUCCGGCCUAAAAGUAAAUUAUGGCAAAAGCUCUCUAAUUGGAAUCAAUGUCGACAACCUAUGGGAAAAGGAAAUGACAUGGCUAUUAAACUGCAAAUCAGGGUCCUUGCCGUGUAAGUACCUGGGUAUACCUUUGGGUGCAGAUCCGAGAAGGAUAGUUACAUGGAAGCCACUGAUCGACUUGUUUAAAAGAAAGUUAUCAACAUGGAAGGGGCGCUAUCUAUCUCUUGGAGGCAGAAUUACACUCAUAAAUUCUGUGCUAUCUAGUCUACCAGUGUUCCUAAUGUCUUUUUACCUCAUCCCAAAGACCGUCAUAAGGGAGUUAGACAAAAUAAGGAGGAGAUUUUUAUGGGGGGGUGCUGAGGAGAGGAACAAAGUUGCAUGGGUUGCGUGGGAGAAUAUUUGUUGUAACAAGCUUGAGGGGGGAUUGGGUAUAAAAAAUCUGUCCUGUUUCAACAAGUCAUUAAUAGGAAAAUGGUGGGGAAGACUGCUUAUGGAAAAGGGGGGCCUGUGGAAGAGAGUCUUAGCUGAAAAAUAUGGGAUCAAGGAAGGGAAUUGGCUUACGUGCUUGAAGGAGGGUAGAUCCCAAGGCUCUAAAUGGUGGAGGGAUGUGUGUAAAAUAGAUCAAGGGGAGGGUGCAGAAAAUAAUUGGGUGAGCUCAGGUUUUGUAGCAAAAUUGGGGGAUGGUGGAUCUUUGAAGUUUUGGUCGGAUGAUUGGGUAGGAGGGAGUGCCCUCUUUAACAAAUUCCCCCGCUUGUUUUUAUUAUCCACGGGCCAAAACGCAAAGGUUAAAGAUAUGGGAACCUGGAGGAACGGUAGCUGGCACUGGAAACUACCAUGGAAGCGUCAACUUCGAUCAUGGGAGGAGGACCUUCAAAAGGAGCUAUUAGAGAUAAUCAAUUCGGCUCACCCAAUUCAGAACAAAGAGGAUCAAUGGAGAUGGCAUCUCGAAAACUCAGGAAUCUAUUCAACCAAGACUGCAUAUUCCCAACUCUCAAAAGGUGUCCCAAGGCCUGAUGGAGACUUCAAGAGGAUAUGGAAAGCCCCCAUUCCAUCCAAAGUAAGUGCUUUUUGUUGGCAAUUACUUCACAAGAAACUCCCCACAAAGGAUAAUCUUGCAAUUCGGGGAAUUUUAACUGACCCAGCUAGCUUAAACUGUUGUUGGUGUGAUGCAUGUCCCGAAUCCCCUGACCAUAUGUUUUUUCAUUGUAAUUUGGCGUAUUCUCUGUGGAUGGAAUGCUAUAAGUGGUGGGGAGUGCACUAUGUCAUGAGUAAUUCUUGUAGGAUGGCCUUAGAUCAACAUGUAUGGACUGGGGGCAAAAAAUUAAUUAAUAGAGGGUGGAACAUCAUUUGGUUUGCAGUAGUUUGGACUCUAUGGCUGGGAAGGAACGACUUGAUUUUUAACAAAAAGGAGGCAAAGGUUGACCAUUUCCUUGAGCUAGUUCAAUCUCGAUCUUUCUUUUGGGCUAAAAACAUAGCUGGUAUGGAUGGAUUUUCUCUGUCAGCUUGGGUCGAGAACCCAACAAAUUGCUUAAAGAUCAAAGUUAUUUAGGAAGACAGUGAUUGAACUAGAUUUAUUUUGGUUUGUACUCUGUUUUGCUCUGUUUCAGCAGCUGGUAGGAUUUUUUUGUAACCUGCUGUUCUGCUGUCCGUGUAAGUAAUGGGAUGGAAUACCCCUAGUAUUCCAAUAUCAAUAUACCAUUUGCUUUUCA